UAUAUAUAUAUGGACUUCCGUUGUGGAUUGGCAAGAGAAGAUGAUAGUAUAGCUGAGGAAAUCACUUCUGAAAUCCUGUUUUCCCUUUCCAGAUUUGAUGAAAAGGAGAAUGUGUCCAAUUGCAUCCAGCUGAAGACGUCUGUUAUCAAAGGCAUCAAGAAUCAACUGAUAGACCAGUUUCCUGGCAUUGAACCAUGGCUAAACCAAAUCAUGCCAAAGAAAGACCCGGUCAAGAUAGUACGAUGUCACGAACAUAUAGAAAUCCUCACAGUCAAUGGAGAGUUGCUAUUCUUCAGGCAAAGGGAAGGACCUUUUUAUCCCACGCUGAGAUUACUUCAUAAAUGUAAGUGUGUUGGAGAAGACAAAUGAUUGUGCAAUGCAGAGAGGUUGAUG